AUGAAUAAUUUUAGAUUGUCAACUUAUAAAGGUAUAGCUGUAGCUUUAACUCAAGAAGAAAUAGAAAAACUAUUAAAUGCAGGAUCUACAGUUGAACGUCUUUUAGAUGGAAGAGUUAUAGAUCGUGACACUAAAAAAGUACUACCAAGACAAGUUUCUUGUAUAUAUCAAAUAUGUGAACAAGAUGGUGCGGUUUUAUUGGCGAAUUCUUUAACCGAAGCUGCUGCAAUUGUAGGGUUAUACCCUGACACUUUAAGUAAAUACUUAGAUAGUGAACAAUUAAAUGGGGAGUUCAUAGAAAUUAAAAAUCAUAAAAUUAAAAGAGUAUGUGUUUUUUCUUAG